UACUUAGUCUUGCUCUCUAACCGAAACAAUAUUCCACUUUCUUAUUUAAAAUAUAUUUAAAUGCCAAGAAUAGAGAAAUCUCGAGUUAACACAUACCGACGCUUGCAAUUGCAGGUAGCUCGACGAAAAACUCGGAAAAAACGUCGAAAUCACUCAAGCGUUACACCUAAAGUACCUGAGAGAGAUAACUCUAAUUCCCAGAUUUGCGAUCUUCACCACCGUUGAAGUGAUCAAUACCGUACAACAAUGGCGAAAAUCCUCUUCCUAACACUUUUCCUACUUAUUUUCUCUCUAAUCCCUCAUUCGUUUGCAGAGAUCAAAACCCUUAAAAUCAUAUCUGACAAUCGUCCUAUGAUCCUCUUCGAGAAAUUCGGAUUCACUCACACUGGCCAUGUUGCUGUUGCAGUUUCAUCCGUUUCUGUAAGUUCUAAUCUAUCUCCUCCAGACCCAUCUCGUUUAGGGUUCUUCCUUCUUUCUGAAGAAUCCCUUCUUCAAGUCCUUCUCGAGAUCCAACAAAACCCUUCUUUCUGUGUUCUCGAUUCUCAGUACACAACCCAUCUUUUUACAUUUCGAGAUCUAUCUCCUCCUCCUGCUUCUUCAUUCAAUCACUCUUACCCAGUUAGUAUUCCUAAUGAAUAUAGUCUUUUCUUUGCUAAUUGUAACCCUGAAAGCUCCGUUUCCAUGACUGUUCGUACUGAGAUGUAUAAUUUGGAGUUUAAUGGCGUUAAGGAUUAUUUACCUGCAGGUCAAACUCAGCUUCCUUCUUUGUUUUUCCUCUUUUCUUUGGCUUACUUUGUGUUUUUAGGGUAUUGGGUAUUUGCCUGUUUGAAGAAUAAGAAAUCUGUACAUCGGAUUCAUCUUUUGAUGGCUGGACUUUUGAUCAUUAAAGCUUUGAAUUUGAUCUGUGCUGCUGAGGAUAAACAUUAUGUCAAAGUUACAGGAUCUCCUCAUGGUUGGGAUGUUCUCUUCUAUUUAUUCCAAUUUAUAAGGGUUGUGCUUUUGUUUACUGUUAUUGUCUUGGUUGGAACUGGUUGGUCUUUUUUGAAGCCAUUCUUGCAGGAAAAAGAAAAGAAAGUUCUUUUGAUUGUAAUUCCACUUCAGGUUUUAGCUAAUGUGGCCUCCAUUGUUAUUGGAGAAACUGGCCCUUUCAUUAAGGAUUGGGUUACUUGGAAUCAGGUGUUUUUGUUGGUCGAUAUCAUUUGUUGUUGUGCCAUUAUCUUCCCUAUUGUGUGGUCGAUUCGAUCUUUGAGGGAGACUUCCAAGACUGAUGGAAAAGCUGCUAGGAAUCUGGCGAAGUUAACCCUUUUUAGACAAUUCUACAUUGUUGUUAUUGGGUAUUUGUAUUUCACUAGAAUUGUGGUUUUUGCACUGAAAACUAUCUCUGCCUACAAGUAUCAGUGGGUGAGCAAUGCAGCUGAGGAGAUUGCUAGCCUUGCGUUCUAUGUGAUUAUGUUUUACAUGUUUAGGCCAGUCGAGCGUAACGAAUAUUUCGUCCUAGACGAGGAAGAAGAAGAAGCUGCAGAGAUGGCUCUUAGAGACGAGGAGUUUGAGCUUUAGAGAUGUUGAAGGAUUUUUUGAUUGGAUGCCUUUUGAAAGCUUCGUCAAUGCGGCUUGUGAACUUGCUAACUGCUCUGAUGUUGGUUUGUGCAAUCGUGCUCGAAACUGGUUUAACAUGUCUGCAGUUGCUACAAGGUCUUAUCCUGGCUCAUUUCAUUUGCUUUCAUAAAUUUAUAGCUUUGAGUAAUGGUUGUAAUUCUCCUUGAACACGAUUUUUUCUGCCUUGUAUUACUAAUACAUUAUCAAAUACAUAACAGGCCAAUGUUAAAAUUAAUUCAUUCUCCAUAGUGCAAUAUGUAAUAGUACCAGUGCUUUGUGUGUUCUGUAAGCUGAUGAUAUGGUGAUAUGUUGUUGGGUUAAUGUUCUUUUUGUUUUCUG